UUUGAAAUGUAGGCAAGUUUUUAGACUUUAAGAAAAAUGCAAUAAAUUUGAUCUUAUCAGUAUUGAGUGACAGAGGACUUAUAUAAAUAUUGGAUAGGAUGGGUGCCACUAACUUGAAAGUACCUAUCGUAAAAUCAAUUAGUUUUUCAUAUCAAGAUAAGACCUAAUUUCAAUAGGAGCGUCUUGAUCUGUUUUUUUCUUUUUAAGUAUAUAAUACCAUUCCUGCAAAAGGCGGCCUUGUAUCCUUUAUCGUUCUUGAAGUCUCUCACUUGUUUAAGUAGUUCUCGUUUUUUGACAGGGAGAUCAUAUCAUGUCCAUUAUGUUAUCUGAUAUGAUGGGUGAGAACGAUGAUGACAAUAGUGAAUUGAGUGAACACGCUAGAUUCCUAACUAAAGCUAACGGUUACAUACCUGCCGUAGGUGCAUUUCUCCUGACACCGUCGCACGAUUUAAGUUUGGACAAAGCUGCGAAUAUUUGCGACAAAUUAAACUUCAGAGGAAGUUUUAGCUUGACCAAAACCGCUACUGGAAUAUUGUUUAAGUUUUCCGAACCUGACGAUUAUCAGCAAGUGUUUAGGAAAGGAUUUCAUAAGGUUACCGGUGGACGUUUAUACAGAAAAGUGGCGAUACCUUGCAGACCUCAAAAAACCUUCUCACUUCUGGUCCACGAAAUACCCAUUGACCUUCCAGAGGAUGACAUCAGGGCCAGUUUAUACAGAUUCGCUUCCGUGGUCGAAGUCACCAGACUUCAAUCCCGUUUAGAACAACCACCAGGCACACCAAAUCCUAUAAGAAUUACUGUGGCCUCGCUAGAUGAGUACAACACCCUGUUGCAACAAGGCUUAGAUUUCUACGGUGCUACAUAUUUCCCAACGGAACCUUUGAAGAAAGACAUGUUGAAAGGUAGCAAAGAAGGCCUGUUGCCGGUUUUCGAUUCGGCGGGGUUCUCCAGGAUUCCGCCACCGCCCAGUCGUACCCUCAAACCGCAACGUUCCUGAAAGGCAAACACGAGAUUCGAAGGACUAUAAUAGAAUUUUUUAGGCGCAGGCUUUAACUUAUUGUCACUUUAUAAAAUUUGUUUUUUAUGUCAUAAAUAAAUGGUGCACAUUUCAAUAAUAAAUGUUUAA